AUGUUCGAACGGCAGUUUUCGGUGGGACGAGCGCGAAAUCUGACGUACCUGGAAUUAACUAAUAUAAAGCAGGAAAAUGGAGAAAGUCUUAGAGCUUUCAUGGACAGGUUCAACCGAACCGCUCGGCAAGUAAGGGGGGUGGGCAAGAAGUUCACCAUCAGUACUUUGGCGACCGCAUUGAGACCCUCCCCGUUUACUGAUAACCUGUUCGCUGAGCCUCCAUUAACCCUGGACGAGUUACAAGAAAGGGUCGCUCGUUUCAUUAGAAUUGAAGAAAUGAGGGCGGUCCAGCGAAGGCAGCAGGAGCAAGGGACGAGCGCGGGGCAAGAAAAGAAAGAAGGCAAGAAACCAUUCGUCCUGAGCGAACGGCCAAAGGGCCAGAAAUUUAGAGAUGGCCCUAGGGGAGGAAGGUACGAUCAAUACACCCCAUUGAACGCACCAAGAGCGAGGGUUCUGGAAGAAGCUCUAAGUGCAGAUCUUUUGAAGGUGAGACCGUCUAAGUCAUCACCAAAAACAGAUGGGACUAAACACUGCACUUAUCACUUGAACAUAGGGCAUAACACCGAGGAGUGCACGGUGUUGAAGGAUAAGGUGGAGGAAUUGAUCCAAGCGGGUCAUUUAAGGAGGUUUGUGAAGGAAGAAAGGAAGACAAGAAGCCCUCCCAGGAGGACGAGGGUGGAAAGAGGUGAUAGAAGAGAAGACCGGCGUCCCGAACGCCGGAGGAGUAGAAGCCGCAGCCAUGACCGAUCGCUGCGAGGGACCAUAAACACUAUCUCAGGUGGGUUUGCGGGAGGAUCGUCGGCAUCUGCAAGAAAAAGGAACUUGAGGGAGCUCAAGAGUGUCCAUAGGGUAGAUGUGAGGAAGCGGCACAUGCCACCUAUCACGUUUACAGAUGAAGAUUUCCAUGCUCCUGACCCGGAUGAAGAUGAUCCGAUGGUGAUAACGGCAGUUAUUGCUAGGUACAGCGUGGGAAAGGUGUUGGUGGAUCAAGGUAGUUCGGUCAAUAUCUUGUACUGGAAAACCUUCCAACAAAUGGACAUAUCCGAGGACCUGAUCGCCCCAUAUAACGAGCAGAUAGUGGGAUUUUCAGGGGAGCGCGUAGACUCCAGGGGGUAUGUGGACCUUAGAACAUGUUUGGGCACCGAACGGAGCAAGGAAGUGAAAACCAGGUUCUUGCUUGUGGAUGCUAACACUUCUUACAAUGUUUUAUUUGGAUGA